AUGGACGGGACGGAGACCCGACAGCGGAGGCCAGAGGAGCUGGGCCUGCUGCACGGUCUCAGCACAGGAAGACUCCCUGAAGCCUCGGAAGAUGGACUGCUGAGUGUCCCUGAGAGCCAAAGGGUGGCCCCUAAACCCCUGGGGCCUGAGCUCAGCAGGGAGACCACCUUGUCCAUUGGCCUCCAGGUGACAGUGCCCUUCCUGUUUGCAGGCCUGGGACUGUCUGGGGCAGGCAUCCUUUUGAACUAUUUCCAGCACUGGCCCGUGUUCACAGAGGUGAAGGACCUGCUGACCUUGGUGCCGCCCCUGGUGGGCCUGAAGGGCAACCUGGAGAUGACACUGGCCUCACGCCUCUCCACCGCGGCCAACACUGGGCAGAUCGAUGGUCCCCGGGAGCAGCACAGAGUCAUCAGCAGUAACCUCGCCCUCAUCCAGGUGCAGGCCGCUGUCGUGGGGCUCCUGGCUGCCGUGGCGGCCCUGCUCCUGGGCGCGGCGUCGGGGCAGGAGCUGGACGCGGCGGAGGCGGAGGUGCUGUGCGCCAGCAGCGUCAUAACCGCCUUCCUGGCGGCCUGCACCCUGGGGAUGUUGAUGGUCUGCGUAGUGAUCGGCGCUCGAAAGCUCGGGGUCAACCCGGACAACAUUGCGACGCCCAUCGCGGCCAGCCUGGGAGACCUCAUCACCUUGUCCCUCCUGGCUUUCGUCAGCAGCUUCUUCCACAAACACAGAGGCAGUCGGUAUCUGACGCCGCUGGUCUGCGUCGGCUUCACAGCCCUGACCCCCCUGUGCAUCCUCAUCGCCAAGCAGAACCCGCCCGUCGUGAAGAUCCUGAAGUUCGGGUGGUUCCCCAUCGUCCUGGCGAUGCUCGUCAGCAGUUUCGGGGGGCUCAUCUUGAACAAGACCGUCUCCAAGCAGCAGUUCCGAGGCAUGGCCAUAUUCGCCCCCAUCAUUUGUGGUGUUGGUGGCAACCUGGUGGCCAUUCAGACCAGCCGGAUCUCCACGUACCUGCACCUGUGGAGCACACCUGGGGUCCUGCCCCUCUGGAUGAAAAAAUGCUGGCCUAACCCCCGCUCCACGUUCUGCAGCUCAGAGAUGAGCUCCGCGUCGGCCCGCGUCCUGCUAUUCCUGGUGGUUCCAGGCCACCUCAUCUUCUUCUCUGUCAUCUACCUGGUGGAAGGCCCGUCUGUCCCAAACGACACAACCUUCGUGGGGCUCUACCUGCUGGCGGGCCUGGUCCAGGUGACGAUCCUGCUGUACCUGGCGGAAGCGACGGUUCGGCUGACAUGGAACCAGGCCCUGGACCCGGAUGACCACUGCAUCCCCUACCUCACGGGGCUGGGGGACCUCCUCGGGACCGGCCUCCUGGCACUCUGCUUCCUCGCCCACUGGCUACUGAGGAGUGAAACGGCUCUGGAUGGCAUCUCAGAACCAGCAUCUGGACCUUCCUAA